UCUCUCUCGCCUGGAAAUGGCGAUCCCUGCAAGAUCGAACAGGCGACAAUUACCGAGGGGGAAUGGAUCCUUCUUGAAGAAUAUAAGUCUGAAGAGGUUUACUUCUCGUAAACUAUUUCGAUCGCUUCUUAUAUGCCUCUUCUUCAUUGCCAUCAUUCCUCCCAUUUUCUUCCACUUCAAGCUCAGGCGUUUCCGUCAGAUGCAACAAAAGAAGUGUGCUUGGCUCAGUAAUCCUCCUCUUGUAUGUGCUCAUGGGGGUGAUUCUACCAGUGCCUUCCCUAACACAAUGUCUGCAUAUAAUAGUGCCCUUCGUUCUCAAGUAGAGUGCAUUGAGAUUGAUGUUUCUCGUUCGUCAGAUGGGGUACUGUUUGCUCUUCAUGAUAGGGACUUGCAGCGGAUAUCUGGAAAUGAUAGUUCUAAGGUUGGGUAUUUGAGCAUGGAAGAGAUCAAGGAACUUAAAGCAGCUUCUACAGAUCGAAAAGGUGAAACCAUUCCUACAGUUGAAGAUGCUCUUAAGAUGAUAUCCAGUUCUGUUCAACUUGUAAUCCUCGAUGCUAAAGUUGGGCCACCUUCCUAUGAAAAAGGUCUUGCCAAAGACAUUCUUGAUGUUAUUGAGGGAAUGCAAUGCAAAAACUGUAUUGUAUGGGCAAAAAGCGACAGCUUAGUGAGGGACAUCAUGAAAUUGUCAUCCAACACUAGCGUGGGUUAUAUUGUAAUGGAGGAUCCUUCUACUGGAGCUAGAACUAACUUAUUAAGGAUGAGAGGUGCUACUGUUGUUGGUAUCUACCAUCCUCUAGUUGAGGACAAGGUUCUCAAAGUAUUGCACAGGAGGAAGAAGAAGGUGUAUGCAUGGACUGUUGACGAUGAAGAUUCGAUGGAGAAGAUGUUGUUUCAACAUGUAGAUGGAGUAGUUACGAGUAACCCCACUUUAUUCCAGCGUGUUAUGUCCGAUACAAGAACCCAAUGUCUUGAAGAUGGAUUCUCUCUUUAAAAUUCGAUUCUAUUAACAUAAAAAGAGAAUGUAAGAGUCCUCAAUUAAUCUAAUUAUUUAGGUUUGGGCUUCAAUAUAUCUACCUUGAGGAGGAGAAAGUGUUCUAUCAAUGGCUCAUUUUUUAUAUUUUUUAUUGCAAUGUAAUCAGUUUCAUUUUCAA